GCGACGCGAUCUACUUUAGCGUGAAGAAUAAUUAAUUUUUACAAUGCUUAUUUUAUAAUAUUUCAAUUGAAAAUGUAAAUAUUAAAAUAAUGUUCAGUCGGACAGUUUCGAAUUAACUUUUCGUUAUCCGUAUACAUGUGUAAAUUGACCAAAAUGGUUUCCGGCGGCACAAGGGUGAUCCAAGUCACCAAUAUCGCACCUCAAGCAACCAAAGAUCAAAUGCAAACCCUAUUCGGGUACCUGGGUAAAAUAGACGACAUAAGACUGUAUCCAACAAUCAGAGACGUGUCUUGUCCCGUCCAAUCCAGGAUAUGCUACGUUAAAUAUUACGAUUCGGCGACAGUAAACGUCGCACAGCACAUGACUAACACCGUGUUUAUCGACCGAGCGCUCAUCGUCAUUCCCAUGCAGUCAGGAGAGAUUCCCGACGAGCAUAAGGCGCUAGAAAUGUCUAGCAACGGGACACUAGUGCCAGGUCUUAACACUGUGGAGCCCAGACUACCAGCUCACGUCAUAAACUCGUUAGAAGGCGUUCCACCUAAUCAAAUCAUUCAGACCUACGAUCCAAAAAUGGCUGCUGCGGGUCUGCCUGGCUAUCCACCCUUGCCAGCGGCAUAUGAUUCUAGGAAAAUUGAGGAAAUAAGAAGAACACUUUUGUUGGGCAAUGUUGGUGAACUAACUCAUCAACAACUCAUAGACCACUUUGGCCAGGCUGGAGAAGUUAGCUACUUGCGUUUUUGUGAGCGUGAUGUAGACAAUUUGAAGUAUGCCCUCAUUGAAAUGACUGAACAAGAGAGUGUUCUGAAGGCGUUACAGCUAAAUGGGUCAACUGUUGAAGGUCAAACAAUAAUGGUGCAUCAUGCAACUCAAGCUAUCUCUAAACCUCAAACGAAGAGCAAUGAAGCAGCCCAGCGAGAGAUUGAAGAGGCCAUGUGUAGGGUUAAGGAAGCUCAGAACCUGAUUUCGGCUGCAAUUGAUCCUGUUAUAGGACUCUUGUCCAAGGAUAAAAGAAGGACGCGUUCCCGGUCACGGUCACGGCGGCGGUCACGGUCGCGGUCACGCCGCUCCCGCUCCCGUCGCAAGCGGUCCCGCUCGCGCUCGCGACACCGCUCUCGACGGUCGCGCUCGAGGCACCGACAUCGCUCCAGUAGGUCUCGCUCCCGUCAUCGCAGCUCGCGGCGUAGUCGCUCGCGGUCGCGACAUCGCUCCUCCCGCUCCAAGCGCGACCGCUCGCGUGACAAAGACCGCGACCGCAAGGACAAGACCGACAAGGACAAAGAUAAGAAGGACAAGGACAGGGAGAAGUCCAAGGAGAGAGAGAAAUCCAAGGAUAGGGAAAAGUCCAAGUCACCCGCCAAGGAUGUUGAAAAGGAGACAAAAUCAGAUAAGGAAUCUGCGGCGGCAGAAACUAACGGAAGCAGUUCCGAAAGCAAAUCCAAAGCCUCCACCCCUGUGGACGAUAAGGAAAAACCAAGCGAGCCCGAUAAGGACGCUGAUAAGGAUACGAAAGUCAAGGAGAAGGAGAGAGAAAGAUCCCCGAGGAAGAAGGAUAGAUCCAGAUCGAGGGAUAGGAAGCGCGAUCGAUCGAGGUCGAAGCGGAGGUCGCGGUCGCGAUCGAAGAGGAAGCGUUCGCGAUCCCGCCGUCGGUCUCGGUCGAGGGACAGAAAGCGGUCGCGAUCUAGAGACAGGAAGCGCUCGAGGUCGCGAGACCGAAAGCGGUCCAGGUCAAGGGACAGAAAACGGUCCAGGUCCAGGGACAGGAAAAAGUCGAGGUCGAGGGACAGAAAGAGGUCCCGAUCUCGCGACCGCAAGAGAUCUCGGUCGCACAGCAGGCGAUCAAAAAGCCGCUCCACUCGCGACUCCAAGACCCCCCACGAUAGGAGGUCCAGGGAGAAGAGUCUGAACCCUCCUCCGCCCACCAUCAUAGAGGAGAACGAGUCCAUGAUCGAGAAGACUCCGGAGCUAGGCAACGAGAAACAUUCUCCAGACAACAUGGACAUUUCCAAUUCACCGUAAAUGUUGGAACAUGUUUGUCAUGUUCAUAGUGUGUAUCAUGCAUUAAUUAAGAAUUGCUACCAAUAAGUAAAAAUAAAUACAAUAAUAAAU